AUGCCGCCCUUAGGAUGCACCAGUUGUGGACUGAAAAGGCUUUUCACUAUGUUGGACACAGAUGGGGAUAAUAAAAUAACAUUUGAUGAGUUAAAAAACGGUCUUCAUAUGUUUGGUUUUACUGACGACAAAGUAAAGAUAAACUCGACACUAAUAAAGAUGGGACUGUCACCUAUGAUGAAUACAAAAAUUUUGGAGAAAGACAAACGUACACAGAUAUUGCUGCAGCUUUUCGAAAAACUGGACGUUAACCACGAUGGUAAAAUAAGCCAAGAAGAAUGGGACAAGGGAAUGAAAUCAAUGAAGAUUGAUGAGGAGUAUAGUUCUAAAUUGAGAAAUUAUCUUGACGUAUCCUGUGAUGGAGUGAUCACAAAGCAGGAAUUCAUGGUUGGCCUCGGAAUGGUGGAAGAUCCAAUUGACUGGAAAAAAGUGUUUGAAGCACUGGAUAAAGACAAAUCCGGUGACAUCUCAGUGGAAGAACUGAAGGCUGUUUUUGACGCUUUGGAGAUACCGAUUCUUUCUUCCGGCAUAGUCGAGUGGAUUGCACAGUACGACACAAAUAAAGAUGGAAAGUUGGACUACAGUGAAUUUCUAGCAUUCGCCAAAGUUCAGCAAUCCAAAGCUGAAUGA